AUGGCCUCUGAUUCAGAGCCAGCCUCUGAGGAUAGGCUAAAAGCUCGAGUGUGCUGCUCGGCCCGUUACAACUUAGCCCUUUUGGCGCUUUUUGGAUUUUUUGUUGUCUAUGCAUUACGUGUAAACCUGAGCGUCGCCUUAGUGGACAUGGUAGAUUCCAAUACAACCUUUCCAGAUAACAGAACCUCCAAGGAGUGUCCAGAGCAUUCCACUCACAUGAAAGUUCAUAAUCGGACAGGUAAAAAGUACCAAUGGGAUGCAAAAACUCAAGGAUGGAUUCUCGGUUCUUUCUUUUAUGGCUACAUCGUCACGCAAAUUCCUGGAGGAUAUAUUGCCAGCAAAAUAGGAGGGAAACUGCUGCUAGGACUUGGGAUCCUGGGCACUGCUGUCCUCACCCUGUUCACCCCCGUUGCUGCCGAUUUAGGGGCUGGAGCUCUCAUUGCACUCAGAGCACUGGAAGGACUGGGAGAGGGUGUCACAUUUCCAGCCAUGCACGCCAUGUGGGCUUCCUGGGCUCCCCCUCUGGAAAGAACCAAGCUUGUGAGCAUUUCCUAUGCAGGAGCACAUCUUGGGACGGUAAUUUCUCUUCCUCUUUCUGGAAUAAUUUGCUACUACAUGAAUUGGACUUACGUCUUCUACUUUUUUGGUGUACUUGGAAUACUUUGGUUUAUUUUAUGGAUGUGGUUCGUUAGCGAUACACCAGAGACGAACAAGAGAAUCUCCCAUUCUGAAAAGGAAUACAUUGCUUCAUCAUUAAAAAAUCAGCUUUCUUCACAGAAGUCGGUGCCGUGGGUUCCCAUUUUCAAGUCACUGCCAGUUUGGGCUAUAGCAGUUGUACUUUUUUCCUACACCUGGACUUACUAUACUUUAUUGACAUUACUGCCGACUUACAUGAAGACCAUCUUAAGGUUUGAUGUUCAAGAGAAUGGGCUUUUAUCUGCAUUGCCUUAUUUUGGUGCUUGGUUGUGUAUGAUCCUAGCUGGUCAAGCUGCUGACCAUUUAAGGGCAAAAUGGAAGUUUUCAACUAUAUGCGUUCGCAGAAUUUUUACCUUUAUAGGGAUGAUUGGACCCGCAGUCUUCUUAGUAGCCGCGGGAUUUAUAGGCUGUGAUUAUUCUUUGGCUGUUGCGUUCCUGACCAUAUCAACAACCCUGGGAGGCUUCUGCCCUUCUGGAUUUUUCAUCAACCAUCUGGAUAUUGCUCCUUCGUAUGCCGGCAUCCUCCUGGGGAUCACCAACACAUUCGCCACUAUUCCAGGAAUGAUUGGGCCUGUGGUUGCUAAAAGUCUGACCCCUAAUAACACCGUCAGGGAAUGGCAAACUGUUUUCUGUAUCGGCGCUGCCAUCAACGUGUUCGGUGCCGUUUUCUUUUCUCUAUUCGCCAAAGGGGAAGUGCAGAACUGGGCCCUCAACGAUCACCACGGACACAGAAACUGAAGGAAGCAACAAAGAAUGCUCUGUCUGUUCACAGAUUGUUAUCUAUCAUGUAACCUACAAGUGCCUUUGAUAUUUUAGUGCGUAAGUGUUCUGUGUUUUAAAAAAUUAUACUUGUGGGCAGGGCCUGUGGCUCAAUGGAGUAAGGUGCUGGCCCCAUAUGCCAAAGGUGGUGGGUUCA